AUGGCAAGUUCGUUGCAUGCUUCAUCACCUUAUAUCAUAGGUCGUCGUGAAUCGGAACCUGGAUUUUCUGAUACUACAACACCAAAAGCACUUGAUAUUGCUGUACCCGGUGGUUUUCGACGUCAUCAUUUAACCCAAACAACCCAACGACCACUUGUGUCAAGAGCAUUACGUAAUCAAAUUAUUGAUCGUAUUAAUAGUGUCUAUGAUCCAUUUAUUGGUAGUAUCCUAAGUCAAGAUAAUGAUGAAUAUGAUGAAUUAAAUGUCGGUGUCCGGGCUCAAAGUCUUUUACUGACACCAAAAUUCACAUUACCGGUAUCUCGAGAUUCACGACGUCAGGAAUGGGGAACACCUACUGAGAGCACGAAGUUAUUCGAAUCGGGAUCAAGAAGUGAACCAAUUGAAAGUGACAAGACAACAACGCUAUGGCAUGCUUUACUUACAUUACUCAAGUCAUUUGUCGGGACUGGUAUUUUAUUCUUACCCGAUGGAUUUCGUAGUGGUGGUAUUUUAUUUUCUCCCUUCUGUUUAACACUUGUUGCAAUCCUAACGUUAUUUGCCAUGUUGCGGUUAUUACAAUGCCGUCAACUUGUGGGUGGAACCUAUGGAUAUAUUGGAUUUCAAGCUUAUGGAUCAUGGGGACGUCGUAUGGUGCAGAGUUCGAUUAUUCUCAUGCAAACGGGAUUCUGCUGUACGUACGUGAUCUUUGUGGCACAGAAUUUAUCCCAAGUAGUUGAGUUUUUGGGAUACAAUAUCAAUCCAUCCAUGCUGAUUCUACUACAAUUUGCUAUCUACGUCCCAUUGUCUUGGAUCCGAUAUAUUAGCUACUUUUCCAUCAGUAAUCUCAUUGCUGAUGUGUUUAUUCUAUAUGGACUUGUGUUUAUAUUGGGCAAUAGCUUUUGGCUCCUUGCUACUCAAGGUCCAGCAAAAGAUGUGGAACUAUUUAAUCAACAGGACUAUGCUGUCUUUAUUGGAACAUCGAUCUUUACAUUUGAGGGUAUUGGACUCGUCCUACCAACGCAAAGUUCGUUGAAUAAAGCACGUCAAAAACGUUUUCCACGCCUGUUAACAUGGACAGUUGUCGGUCUACUGUGCUUUUACUCGUUCUUUGCUGGUAUCAAUUACAUUACGUUUGGAAGCCGCAUUACUCCCAUGGCCACUUCUAGUCUACCACGCAAUGGUUGGUCCAGUUCUGUACAAUUUGGCUAUGCGUUUGCUCAGCUCCUGUCGUAUCCGUUAUUCCUCUUUCCUGCUGUGAAGAUUAUGGAGGAAAUGUUAGGGUUUCCAAAACGUGCAUCCGGUCAAAAAAUAGCCAAGAACUGUUUUCGUGCUGUGGUUGUACUUGGCACUAUUUUUGUUGCUUACUUUGGCCAAGGGCGUCUCGAUCUCUUUGUCUCGAUUGUCGGCGCUUUCUGCUGCGUCCCACUGAGCUUGGUGUAUCCGCCGUUGUUUCAUUUGAAAUUGAGCUCAAACUUGUCAUGGACGUGCAAACUUGUUGACAUGUUUGUGAUUGGCGUAGGCUUGCUCACUUUCUUCUACGUUACGUACUCGAACCUCCAGUCAUGGAGUAAGUAG